AUGUUUUACUUCAUUCUUUAUCUGAUUUCCCAAACCGUCCUGCUAGCCGCGUGGGUUUCGGGUAUCUUGGAUCCCUACCAGAAACGGCUCCAAGAAAUUCUCCUGGACCAAAUGGGCGAGACCAAAGUUUCUUAUGGAUUGAAAAAGAGCUUAACUGCAAAGAAGUUGACCGAGGACGAAAAUCUCAGCAAAAUCCAGGAUCAACUGGGCAAUCAGCUUGGUGGUAUUUUUGGCAAGGGCGGAAUAGGACAAGGGCUUGGAUCGGUCCUGAAUAAAGGGCUCUGA